CCAUCGCUGUGAGCGUCACCCCGGUGAGCGUCACCCCGAUCGCUUAACCGCACUGCCUUACGUCUUUUGGUCAUGGGGGAGCGUUCAAGAAGCAGGUCUCCAGGACGGAGACUUGAUAGGGAGAGGUCUGACAGAGAAAGGCCAAGAAAAAGUGGCGGAGGUUUUCGCUGGAAGGAGAAACGACGCGACGGCGACAGCAGAAACGAUACAGAUGAACGCAAACUAAAUCGAGGAUACAGAGAUAGAGAGGACCGGGAAAGGUCUCCGCGAAAAGAUAGAGAUACAUAUCGGUAUGAGGACAGGAACAAGGAUAGCGAUCGUGAACGAAGGGGUCCUGAGAGCGAUGAGAGAGUUGGACGGGACAAGAAGAAGAAAGAGAAGGAGAAGAAGUCCGCCGCACCUCAAUCUUCAGAGCCUAUGAUUAUUGUGCAUGUGAACGAUCGACUUGGGUCAAAGGCUUCAAUCCCUUGUCUUGCAUCGGAUCCUAUCAAGCUCUUCAAGGCGCAGGUUGCCGCACGUAUCGGGCGUGAGCCGCAUGAGAUCCUCCUUAAGCGCCAAGGGGAGCGUCCUUUCAAGGAUUUCUUAACCCUGGCUGAUUACAGUAUAUCAUCAGGAAGUCAGCUUGACCUAGAGGUCGGCACUGGUGAAUGAAUCAAAUUGGAGACUAUACAGCUUUAGGUUCCUGUGAGCAAAUUCCCUCCCGAAGUCUUCCAUUUGGCGUAUGAGGACAUCGAGACAGGCGACUCAACUUGUAUCAUUGUACCUCUGCAUGACUUGCAUUCCUUUCUAAUAUGCUUUACCUGCUACCGAGCGAAA